AUGGACAAGUUCCUACUGCUGCUCCUGCUGCUGGGGGUCUUCCCUUUCGUGCUCUUCCAAGGAGUGGUUCCAGCCACCUUAUGUAAGGUCUGCACUAUUUUUAAGAAAGGCAUAUGUUUGCAUGGGGAGGGGAACUGCACUGCUGAAGAAGGCCCCGGUUGCAGAACUUCUGAUAUGUUCUUCUUCAAUGUGAAAGAUGGCUGGCUCUACAACCACACGCAACUGGACUGUUACGAUAAAUGUAGAGCUUGGAACUUGCUGCGCGGACACUUCAAAGUUUCAAGUUUUUGCUGUAAAGGCCGAGAUUUCUGCAAUAUGUACAGAGGAAGAUCACUGCAUUGGAAGAAUCACUAA